CAAAUAUACGUAGUGAAACGUGUCUAGGAAGAAGAAGAACAAAAAGGAGUCGGUCAGUUCCCCCAAAUCAGUACGCCCGCAGCGGCUUAUACCAUCUUUCUUUCAAAUCCCACGUUCUUUCACUUCAAUUUCCCACAUACUUCGCUCUCUUCAUCGUCUCUCUUCUUACAUAUUCGCCGCCCUUUUCUUUUUUCUUUUUUCUUUUUCUUUUUCUUUUUUUCACUUUCUUUCCAUCACAAAUUUCCCUUCUUCAACAUGGAUUCCCUCUCAAUUCUUGCCCCUCUAUCCCAAUUCGAUUAAUUUUUUUUUUUUUUGUGAUUUUCUCUGCGCAAUUCGUGUAUUUUAUCUGGGUUUUCCGUUUCAUGUAAUGGGUAAUUGGAGAGAACGACCCAGGAGAAAUUUUCGGUACCAGAAGCCUCCAUGGUCGGCGAUAAGAAAUUACGAUCACGAUCCUCCACUAGAGCGUUGGCGAGAUGGUAUUCCUUUAUGGGAAAAGAAAUUUUGCAAAGAAAUCGGUUGUGUGCCAUGGGGUAAAAUAAUUGAUUCCAAGAACUUUAUUUAUUGUCAUACUAAUGUAGCCAAUUGGGAUGAUUCCGCUUGUGAAGAGGCAUUCCACAAUGCCAAAAGACGUUACUGGGCAGAGAUUAAUGGGCAUCAGAGUGACAUCUAUUUGCCUGAUCCAGACAAAUAUAUUGAACAAAUCGAUUGGAGUCCUGACAUGGAUUCUAAAAUGAUUGAGGAACUGGAUUGGGCCUAUCACACUCCAAAUAUUAAACAACGCGAGGAAGUGGAUUGGUCAUAUCACCCUCCAAUUAUGAAACAACACGAGGAACUGGAUUGGGCAUAUCACACUCCAAAUAUGAAACAACGCAAGGAUUGGUUGGAAUGUAAAAAUAAAAGAACAAGGGACUCAAGUUCUGUUUGGAAAGAAGGGCACAUUGAAGGUCCAGGUCAUGGGGCUAAUCCCUGGGGACAUGAUAAUCAGCUUACUGAUAAUACCGGACAAGGAUGCAGCCAGUGGAAUUUUAGUGAUUCAGGGAAGGUGAAUAAUGAUGGAAAUCCUUGGGACAGUAGCAUUUAUCAGGGGAACAAGGGUAUGGUCGACAGUGCCUGGAAGGUUAAAAAGAAUCAAGUUGUCACCUCGUGGAAGAACAAAGAAUUUGCUAGUGAUGCAAGGGGUGUGGUAGACAAUGCAUGGAGAGAUAAACUGCAUCAAGGUGGCACUGCCUCCUGGAAGACCAAAGGAUUUGCCAGUGAUGCAAGAAAUAACUCAUCGAGCAGGCACUGGCACCUGCUUGGUGACAGUAAUUUUGAUCAUUAUAAUGGGCCUGGGAAUAACAGUUACAAUCGUAAUGUCUGGCAUUUACCUGAUAGAACACGGCCAAAUAUUCAUGGAAACAACCAAGAUUGGAAAUAUCAGUAUAGGUAUGGCAAGAGGCCAAAAGACACAGAAUUUGAUUACUAUCGGAGGUAGGGAUCAUGGCAACAUUCCUCCCACAGGGGGGAGGGUUUUGAUCAUGGUGUUUCAUGCUGGAGGGUAUUCAAAGCUUCGAAGUGAUUAUUAAUGGCUGUCGAGGAGUUGAAUCUCCACAUGAAUUUUGAUUUUGCUCACAAGUAACCGACCAGUGACCUCUUCUGUUUUUGCUUUGAUACUGCAGGAUCGUCUAUGUUUUUGUUGGUAGCUUUUUAACUUUAUUUCAACAAGAAUGAUACUGCAGGAUUUUUGGUGUAAAGAAUUGAAUAUGAAUGUCUUGGUUCUUUUGCAAGUCAUUAGGUAGAUUCCUUCCCUCCUAGAGCCUUGUACAAUCACGUCAUGUUAAGUUUGUAUCAUUUUGAUUUGAGAAACCUCUUUUGGGAGGCUUUAUAGAGGCAAUAACAGCUCUACUAUCAAUCUAAUUCUGUUUUGUAA